GCCAGAGGGUGCUCCGUGCUGCUCUCGGUUGCUAAGGAGACACUCGGGCAGGUGAGGUGAUGGUGGUGAUGAAAGUGUCUCAGUGAAGUUGGGGCGGGGCAGCCUGGCUGGUGGAGGCGUGGCGGAGCCAGAGCCAGCGUGGCGCUCGCAGUCAGACGGACAGACGGACGGACACUCCCCUCCCUCCCCCUCCCCCCUGCCUCCCCCACCUCCCCCUUCUCCGGCUUCCAGGCGACUCGCCAUGGUGACGCUGAUCACGGAACAGCUGCAGAACCAGAGUCUGGAUGACCACAGGGCUUUCUCUCUCAACCUGCCUGUGCCUGAAUCUCACAGCCCCAGAAUCUGCUGGUCCACUUAUGGAUUAAUGCCAGAAAGCAGCUGUUGGCAGCUGUGCCCCCCUGCCAAGCCCAACCCACGGGAGGUGCUGACUUCGCCGGCCGGCCUGGCCCCUCUGGACCCCCCCGCAGCCCCCGCCUCGGAGGGCGACGCCCCGCGCCGUCUCCUGGUCCCCAGCACCUCGGUGACAGACCUGUCGUUCCCGGGGGCGCCCCCUCCCCCCCCUCCGCCCCCCAAACGCCACUGCCGCUCGCUGUCGGUGCCUGAGGACCUGUCCCGCUGCCGCUCGGCCUGGCGGCCCAGCGCCUCCAAGAUCUGGACGCCCGUCAAGCGCCGCUGCCACAGCGGGGGGGGCGGGGGCGGCUCCUGCCCUCUGCGGGCUCCCAGCUCCUCCCUCACCUCCUCACUGCGCUCCUCCUCCAGCCCCACCUUCUUCAGCCUGGCACUGUCGCCCGACUCCCCGCUGCCCUGGAGCUUCCCCUGGGAGCCGCCGGACUCGGGCCGGGCCGGCGGCUGCUGCUGCUUCUUCCCGUCGCCCUCCUCCUGCUCCUCCUCCCCAUCCCCGCUCUGCCCGCCCCCUCCCCCCCAGCGCCGCUUCUCCCUCUCCCCCGUGCACAUCCGCGAGGCCGCCGCCCACUUCCUGCCCCCGCCCCCGGCUCCCCCGUACCCGCCGGCCCCUCCCGUGGCGGCGGCGGUGGGGGCGGCGCCCCCGUCCCCCUCCUCGGCCUGCAGCACCCCGUCCUCGUCACGCCGCGCCCUCCCCCCCCAGCUCCCUCGCUGCCACUCCCAGCCCUGCGACCUGCGCAAACCGGGCCUGAAGCGCCGCCACGACCCCGACACCCUCCCCUGCGUGCGGCCCGGCCUGGACUUCAGCAAGAUGACACAGACCCGAAGUGGGGAUCCCCUCAGCUGUUUGGAACGGGCCACACUGGGUUGUGGAGGGGGUACCUGUAUCGGCCUGGAGCCUGUUUUGGGGGACUUCCGGGGGACCUUUUCGCCAGCUGAGGGACUGGGGAGGACAAGUAUUGGUCCCCUGAGCGAGAGUGAAGAGGAGGAGGAGGAGGAGGAAGAGGAAGAAGGGGAGAGGAAGAGUGACAUUGAGGCAGCGCAGCAGAGUGUUUUCGAGAGGGAUUGUACAGAACUGGACUUGACCCUCAUAGAGGAGAAUUAACACAGCUAACAGAAAAGCCACUCUCCCUGCUAACUACCGCUUUCAUUCUGCAUCCCCUCCCAAACCCAUGGGAGUGCUCUCAGGAACACAGCUGCCCUCCCAAGGGACUCGAGCUGGCGGGUCCAUAAACCGAAAAUAAUAACAACAACAACAAUGAUAAUGAUAAUUAAUGCAGGUAGCCAUGGACACUGUCCUUCCAGCGGAAUACAUUCCAGAACCUGAGGCCAGUUGCUGAAAGCUCCUUUAGUGUUAAAACAACUGGAGUUCCAGAGAUGCCUACCAGUCCCUUAGUGUGCAUGGGAAAUUGAGUGUGUAGGGGCGCUCCCUGCGGCACCCUUAAUCUCAUAAGGGAAAAACUUGGAAGCCUUUCACGCAGCUGGCCACUGGCUUUCUAGCUUUAUUUUUUUUUUUUCCUCCAUCUUUCCUGUUUUGUCCAUUUUUGGUCAUAAGAAUCGACUUGCUUGGACGAUAAUGAAUUCUCAUGUUUUGGUUUUUUUGUUUUAAUGCACAAAGGCAGUACUACAUUGCACAUCUUUUUUGCAGUCCGUUCUGCAGUCCUAUCUAGUCAGAUCAGUUGGAAUCAACAUAAGCCUUAACAGAAAAAGCCAGAUUUUUUUCAAACCAGCAAAUGAAAUGGAAAAAAAUGUGUAGCUGUUAUAAAUGGUUUUAUUUGACCUUUGAUGUUUUCUUUAUCUUUCUGAACUCUACAACUCAAACUUUAACUUUGAUCCUGGGAAGGACAAAAAUGGAUAAAUGGAAGCACCAGUUGAAAAGGGUUAAAAUGAAUACAUUGGAACAGAUCAGAUGCUGCAGUCAUACUCUGUAGGGCACAAUGUAAUAUUGUAUUGUACAGUGAUAAUUUGUUUAAAACAGUUUUUUCCUGUGUGUGAAGAAGCCACUUGGGAGGCUGAGGGCGGUGGCCUUUUGGAGAUGAUUUCUAUUGUAUGUGUUACAAGAUGGCAAUUUCCUCUUACACAAUU